GUGGUUGGCUAUUGUAAAGCUUUGACAAACUUCGAAGUCGAACUCUGAAAUCAUGGCUCAAAAAACUUCUUUUGGUAAUAUAUCACCUGAAACAGCAGCCUUGUUCGUGUGUGACAUGCAAGAGAGAUUUAAACCGGCCAUUAAAUACUUUGAUGAUAUAGCAGUUGUGGCCAAACGACUCAUUGAAGGAGCCAACAUCUUGGCUAUACCAGUCAUUGUAACAGAGCAGUACCCAAAGGGACUUGGACACACUGUAGAGGAGCUGGAUAUCAGUAAAGCUAUUGGUGUUUAUCCGAAGACCAAAUUCUCUAUGGUCGUUCCAGAAGUUGAAGCACAGCUCACCCAAAAUCUGACCAAUGUGAAAUCCAUCAUUCUUCUUGGAAUCGAGGCCCAUGUGUGUAUCCAGCAGACCACUUUAGAUCUCUUAGCCAGAGGGUAUGAGGUUCAUGUGGUAGCUGAUGCAGUCUCAUCAAGGAGUAUGAUGGACAGACAAUUUGCCUAUGAGAGGUUACGUCAGUUUGGAGCCAUCAUCACGACCAGUGAAUCGGUACUCUUCCAGUUGCUAGGAGACAAGGACCAUCCAAAGUUCAAGCAGAUUCAAGGCUUAGUCAAGACAAGUGCACCGGUCUCUGGACUUGCAUCAAAUAUGUAAUAUGAAUUAGUUACCCAUCUUGCUUCAAGUACCAUGCAGUGAUGUCGUCAUUGUAUCAUUCUUUGGCUUGAUAGACAAUGUUGUUAGAUAAUUUAAUCUAGUCUUUGAAAAGAUGUGAGAAACUGUCUGAAAGGCAUGUAUGUAUUGAACAAUUUGAGGGAAAAGUGGAACAUUACGUAAGUGAUAUAUGUUUAUUCAUGGGUGUCACUACUCUGUUUUGAAUAGUAAGUGUUUGACCAAAUUUCUCAUCAAGUUCAUUAAUAUUUCCAUCAAUCAAAUGUAUGGAGAACAUUAAUUGGCAGACGGAACAUUUGGGGAGUCGUUACAUCCCGUCUAGUGAUGGCCUUGUCUACAUUGUAAUUAUUAUAUUUUGCUUUACUCUCUCAUAUGAUUGUAAGGAUCAUGAUAUUAAGCGAUGCAGUAAUAAGAAAUGUGUAAACAUAGAGCUCUUCACUCUUGUCUAUCAUCUCAUACAAAAAUUAUGACUGUUAUUUCAGUAAGCUAGCUAAUUCAUAUCUGAUUGUGAGAAUCUGAAUGUAGAUCAGAUUUUUUAAAUGUAUGUAAUAAUAUAUACUGCGCCUAGAAACAAAGUAUUAGGCGUGUGAUACAUGUGAUCUAUUAUGUUUUGAAUUGAUUUGAAUAUAUGAGGACUUUGUUAUAUUAUCAGACAUGUAAUAUGUCAAUUGUUGUAUGAAACUAUUAAUAGUAGCACUUUAAUAGAAACUGCCUGCAAUCGUGCCAUCCUUUAAUAUCGAUAAUAUCUCAUAAGUAAUGUCUCAAUUAAAGCUUGAAGAGGUAUAGUCUACAUGUCCACCCAUUAAAAAUGAGGAGAGGCUACUUUGCGAGAAAAAAUAAAAAUUGAAGGAUAGAGAAGUAGUCCAUGUAUUGCCUAUUUGAGGUUCUCCAAAUGUCUAAAUUCAUCUCAACUCAGAGCAUUUAGUAGUUUUGCCAGAAAAGGAAAGCUAAUAUGUUGAUAUAUAUGACUAAGAUAGAUCAGAUCCUACAGGGCCUGUUAUACAAAAACUAAAUUAUUGUAUCGUGUAAUAGAAACUGGUGUAUUUUUAUAUUUGGAUUUGCUUUUUAUAAAAAUGCAAAUCAGUAAUUGAAAGAUUGCCAAGAUAGUUUAAAGCUAUACAGGGUGUACUGAAUUAUGUAUACUGUGUCAGUGGUUAUUUUUGGUUCGUUUAUGUUUGAUACUUUGUACUAUGAAAUUAAAAGAGCAAUAUUUUUGUAAUUAUAUGGUUUAUCUAUUUCCCUAUGUGAUAAGGAGAACCAAUAAAUGAAUUGAAAAUCACAUUUUUUGUUGUUUUUGUAUAUAUUGUGCAAUUGCAAACAAUAGCCAGUUUAGGUAUCAACUGAUAAUUGUUGAUAGCUCGUCACACCAGCAGUCCCUGUACAGGAAGUCCCCCCCCCCC